CUUGUGGAAGAAAGAUGCUAGACAGCAUUCUAGAGCGACCAAGCCUUGAGGGCACUCAAGCAGAGAGCAACCUGAACGGGACGGCGAGGCUGUCAAUAGCCAGCUGCCAAACCGGUUUCUGCAGGCUCAACGGGGCUGGAGGAGCAGAUGUUGGCCCCAGCGGCGAGACCAGCUUAUUUGGCCUCGCCAGCGUGCAACAGAGCCCCUUCUCGGAGGAUGCCAGCACUGCAGGCCAGCCCUAUGAGCCCUCUGUGCGGUGGGGAUCAGCAGCAGCACAGGGGCAAAGACAAGCCAUGGAGGAUGCACAUGUCGGCGUGCUGGACUUGCAAGCACAUACAGAUAAUGCGUUGCAUGGGAACGGCGGGGCCUUCUUUGGGGUGUUUGACGGGCAUGGGGGCUCCAGCGCCGCCCAAUUUGCAGAGGAGCACUUGCUGCAGGCGUUGUUAACACAGACAAGCUUUCCUGCCAGGCCAGCUGACGCACUGAGAAAAGCGUUCCAGCUCACAGACGAGGCAUUCUAUCGGGCGGUGUACCGAGUGGAGUCGCCGGAGAAGGAUGCCGGGUCGACGGCGCUCGCGGUGCUGGUGGUGGGCUCGCUGGUGCUGGUGGCGAACGCCGGUGACAGCCGCGCCGUGCUCAGCCGCCGCGGCAAGGCCAUCGACCUCUCGCGCGACCACAAACCCAGCUGCCCAUCCGAGCGCGAGCGGAUCUCCCUCGCAGGUGGGUAUGUGUGUGGGGAGGGCUUCUUGAACGGUCAGCUGACGGUGACGCGCGCUCUGGGCGACUUCCAUCCGGAGCUGCUGGCCUUGCAGCGGACCAGGGAACGCCUCAAGUACCGCGUCAGUGACAAGGAGCCGGUGGAGCUCACAGGGCCCCUCACAUCAGAUCCGGAGAUCCACCAACACACUCUGAUAGUGGAGGACGAGUUCAUGGUGGUGGCAUGCGAUGGGUUGUGGGAUAUGCUGAGCAGCCAGCGGUGUAUAGAGAUCGCGCGGCAGCACUUGAGAGACCACAAUGACCCCCAGAGCUGCGCCCAGCUGCUGGUCGACACAUGCCUGGCGAAGCAUGCCACAGACAAUGUGACAGCCAUCGUGGUGUGCUUCUCCGCGGACCCCCCGCCGCUGCGCAGCUAUGCGCGCAACAGCUUGCGGGGCCCCUCAAGAUCGCUGUCGAGGGACGGCCUCUCCACGCUUUCCUCUGCGCUGGCCAGCGCCAGCUCGCACCCUGUGUGCCCGUCCCUUUCAUGA